CUUUGCAAUUUAAAAAAGCAGAGACUUGUUCUUCACUACCUAAUUCCUCCUAUUUUCUCUCUUCUACAAAUGUUGCAUCAUGUUUAACCAACUCCAUAUAUUUCGUCUGUCUUUUUUGGGAUCUGAGUUACUUUUACUUUUCCUAAUCCACUAAAGCUAAUCACUAUUUGUAUUUUUUUCUCUCUCUCUGUAUUUUGGAUUUCAAGAAAGAGUUUGAAUACUACUCACUACAAUCAUUUGUGUGCUUGCUUAUACAUUCUUUUCGUUUGGUGGGUUGCAAGGCAUUAGGAUAUAGACCCAUUUUGUGAAGUGGGUUUUUGUUCAGACUUGCUCAAAUGAUUGAGUUUGAGUUUCAGAUUAUUAGAAAGUUUUAAUCUUUUUGACACAGGGGCAAUUUUAUGGCUUAUCCAUUAGACCAUAGGUCCUCUAGUCGUGGGACUGUGAGAUUUGUUUUGGUUCUGGUGGGUUUGUUUUUGGUUAUUUACAUGGUGACAACACCAACAUUGCGGCACUCUAAGGCUUUGUCUUCAUGUCCUCCAUGUUUCUGUGAUUGUGAGGAGGAUCCCAUGUUCUCGCCUAUAGAUUUCCUUGAAACUAUAUGGAGGGAUGUUGAUAUGAACAGGCACCAUCACAAUCCUAAUGAGGAGUUGAAUCUUGUAAUUGUAUCCCACGGUCUAGCUAGUCGAGUUUUUCUAAUAAAGUGGUUCAAGUGGACAGUGGAACAAUUCGAGUACCUAAACAAUCUAGGAAAUUGUGAGUUUCGAGUUAUGGAAUUAGGGGCGGGUGGUGAAUAUAGCCUAGCAGUCUAUCAUACUGAUGAAGAGAUGCUAGAAUGGGGUAUGUCCCCUGAGAUGAUCGCUGACCAAAAAUGGCGAGCUAAUGCUAACAGGGGUACUUUGAAUGAUCAUUGCCCUUGGUACCUUGAUGCUUUCUUUGACCAUUUAGCGGAUUCAAAUGACAAAGAUGUGAAGUCAAACAACUCGCAUCUCCCCUUAGCAUGACAUUGAUAAUGUGUAUUCGUUCCAAUUCUGUUGUACUAUUCAUUUGGUUAACUGAUAGAAAUGUUUGUAAGCUCUUUUCAAGUUGCUGUUACAAUUUUAGGCCCGGAGGCAUUAUCAGUGUCAAUUUCUUGUAAAUUUGAAACUUUCAAUUGUAUAACAAUCAUUUGAUAUCAAGGAUGAAGUAUGAAUUUAGCUUUUGACUGGUAAAA